CUCAUGAAUAUAUCAUGUCCUAAGUUUUGCAUGCUUUCUCUCUCAUCCCUCCUCUCCUUCUUGAGAGAGAGAUGUGAUUUUGUUUUCCCCUUCUUCUUUUCCUCCUUCCCAUUAAACAAUGAAAAUGGCAGAUUACCAAUCAUCCUUUCCCCUCCAAAGGAAACCAUCAUCAUUGCCCCCAACAAUCCUUAGAAUCCUCACCUUCUAAGAUUGUUAUUCCCAUUCCCAUAAUCCAAUCCUCUCUCCCUUAAAUACCUCUCUCUCCACCUCACUUCUCCCCCCCUCUCUCCAAACCUCUCUCAUGAUGGAUCCUUCUUCAACCACCUCUGUCAAUGGCUUCUACAACUUCCUGACACGUGGCAUAGACGAUCUUGAGAGAGCCUUCAUGUCGACCAACUUCAUGUCGAUUCAAUUCCUCCAAAGAGCCCUCUCUCUCCUCAGAUCAUUCCACACACAGUUGACCUUACUUGUGCAGAAGCUUCACCUCCCAGUGGGUGAGAAAUGGCUGGAUGAAUACAUGGAUGAAAGCUCCAAGCUUUGGGAAAUCUGCCACGUGCUGAAACAGGGCGUUUCGGGAAUGGAGAAUUACUACUCCGCCGGCCUCAACAUCGCCGCCUCCCUCGACAACCACCGCCGCCUCAGCCCGCAGCUGGCCCGCCAGGUGAUUCGGGCCAUAGCGGGCUGCAGGAGGGAAGCGGUGGGCCUGGAGGAGGAGAAUCGGGCCUUGAUCGAGACAAGAAUCGAGCCACUAUCCCUCAAAUUCGACGACCAAGUCUCGAUCGAAUCGAAAUUGAACGGAUUCAACGGAUUCCGAGGCGUCCUCCACGCGAUGAGGAACGUGAGCUCGCUGCUGCUCAUGAUCCUCCUCUCCGGGCUGGUCUACCGCUGGCCCGAGCCCGGCGGCGGCGGCGAGGGCGCGGGCGGCGGGCGGUCGGCGCUGAUGGCCUCGACGGCGCGGCUGCAGCGGCGGGUGGCGGCGGAGGCGGAGGCGGGCCAGGCCGGGGUGCUGCUGCACGAGUUCCGGCGGUCGCGGGCGGCGGUGGACGAGCUGCGGGCGGAGCUGGAGCGGCGGAGCGCGGCGGCGGAGUGGGAGGCGGAGGGCGGCGGAGGGAUGAGGGAGAGGGUGGAGGUGGUGAGGGGCAGUUUCGGUAUUUUGAGGGCGGGGGCGGAGAAUAUUGUGGGGCAGCUUGAUGAUUUCUUUGAUGAGAUUGUUGAAGGGAGGAAGAAGCUUUUGGAUUUCUGCAGUCAUAGGUAGAUAUUUUUUUUUUUUUUCUUUUUUGGAGAAAAUAUUCCAAGAAUACAGGGGUUUUAGGGAAGAAAUGAAACAAUUUGUUUGGCUGUAA